UGAGAGUAGAUGUAUAUGAGAUAAGGUGCAUUAAAUAAAGGCAAGGACAAAAGGCCAAACAGUAAAUUGAAUACCUCUGACCUCACAUGUUUCCUCAUACACCAGAUACCCUACAACCAACCUCUCAUGUUACCAACCAAAUUAAACACUCAAACAUCACAGCAUUUUAGGCACUCUGCAGAAGCUGAAAUUUGGAGGAUUUGAGUCCCCAAAAAAAAAAAAACAGUAGCUUAGGGAGAGGAGAAUAUGGAGAAGGCAGGAGAGGAGGGAGAGAGAGUUACAAUUACUUCCAUUAAUGAUCCAUGCAAGUGGUUGCAGGAGCUUAGUAGGGCUAUGCUUAAGUGCCUUGGUUUUGAAAUUUGUUCCGAUCAACCAUCUCCACCUGCACCCGCUGCUUCUUCUUCUUCUUCUCCGAGUUCAUUUUCCGGUGAAGAUCAUCACAAGUGUUCUUUCCAGCAGCUACCCAUUAUUCCCACAGAUAAUAAGGAUCCACCACCGCCUUCAACAACCGAUCCGCUGCAGCUUAUUGUUUCACUAAGUAGCAGACCACUGCGGCCAGGAUUAGGCAAUAGCGGAGAUCCUCAGACUAACGACACCUCUUCUUAAACCUAGCUAUUCCAUAAUAUACAUAUGAAGCUUAGCUUCUUCAUGGAUAUCUAACUGCACUUUUUUUUGUUUUUUGUUUUUUUGGGUUUCUCUUAUUAGUGUGUAUUGUGUUAAUUAAUGUAUGAAUAUGACUCACGCGCGGUUCUCUAUGUAUGUAUACAUAACGGGAACUGGGACAAAUAUAAAUAACUUUUUUUUUUU